GAAUAAAAAAGUGUUCAGGAGAAUUCUGUGUAAGGAUGAAGACUUAUAUUCUGUACGUGGCAGUUUUGUCCUUGUCGUGGACACUAUCGUCAGCACUGAAGGAGGAGGAUUGCGAAGUGUGCAUCAAGACCGUCCAGAGAUUCGCUGACUCGCUGACGGACAAUUUGAAGAAGGACACAAAGAAGAUCGAGGAGAAGUUCAAGGAGUUCUGCAAGACGCAGAAGAACAAGGAGCACAGAUUCUGUUACUACUUGGGCGGCCUGGAGGAUUCCGCCACUGGCAUCCUGGGUGAGCUGUCCCGGCCGCUGAGCUGGUCGAUGCCGGCGGACAAGGUGUGCGAGAAGCUGAAGAAGAAGGACGCACAGAUCUGCGACUUGCGAUAUGAGAAGCAGAUCGACUUGAACACGGUGGAUCUGAAGAAGCUCAAAGUGAGGGAUCUGAAGAAGAUCCUCACAGACUGGGACGAGACGUGCGACGGAUGCCUGGAGAAGACGGACUACAUUAAGAGGAUAGAAGAGUUGAAACCUCAAUACACAAGGACUGAAUUGUAGGGUUAUUCUUUUCCACGCAUCUCGUAAUAUAUUUAGGAAGGAUCUUUAUAAAAAUGGGCGAGGAAUAAGAUGAACAUUUUUUUGUGAAAUAUAAUUCCUCCGGCAAUUUGCAAAAGAAAACCCAGUUCUCUCCGAUGCACAACAAUCCAGACGACAUUAUUUAAUCUCUAGAGUUAAUUUAUUUGUAUCAUCCUAAGUUUAUGGCUCUAUUCAUUUUAUACAAAAAAAAAGAAGAGUAAUGAAAUGUUUUGCAAAGAGUCAGUGAGGGGGAUGAGGAGGUAAAUAAAUUAUUAAGUUGCUGUAAA